AUAAGCAUGUAAAGACAUUUUGGUUUCCAUCUCCAAGCUAAUUUAAAUAAACAGUGCGAGGAACCAGUCUUGUUUACUGCUGGAAAAAUGGGUUCUUGUUUGGCAAUAUGUUUUAAAGGUGGAGGAGACUUAGACCAGCCGUCAAUGGAACUACGCCGGCAGCAGCAGGCUGAGGCAGCUGAGCGGCGUCAGAGGGAGCUUGAGGGCAGAGGGGUAAAGGAUCCCGAGGCUUUAAAACGAAAACAGAAAAGACAGGAAGAAAUGGAGAAAGCACAACUUACUCAAGGAAACAAAGAUUCUAACCUGAAGUGGCAGGUGUCAUGAAAAGAAGUGUUGUAAUGCAAUCCCCAUGCCAACUACAAGAAGCUUUUAUUUAGCUUGUUUUUUUUUUAUCCAUAAUGUGUUUUUAAAUGUUGGUUAUAUUUAUUAUCUUUAUGAUUAUAUUUUAUAAGCCACUAGCAUUCAAUAGGACAAAAAUCACCAAUGUAUCCUUGGGACUUUAGCAAGAAACUGAGCAUCAUCAUACUCUCAUAUACUAAGUCUUGUUCAUUCAUAGCUGAUAACAAAGGUUAUUAUACAAGCCUUUAAUAAUAUUAUAUAAGAUAGAUAGUAAGUCUUGAUAAAACCUCUAAAUUCCAAUUGGAAUUAUUUCAUUUCAUGAUUAAAUGAUGUCAAAUAUUAUGCCUUUAAAGAAUUUUCUUCUGGCUGCAUAAAGUGGCCAGUUUAUCUAUCUGUUUCUCCUAUACAGCUACGUAUUUUUAGUCAUAACUCUUUUUAUCUAUUUGACUAGUAAAAUUGUUAUCUUAGAAAUUUGUAUUUACGUAUCUUUCAUGGGCUUCUUUUUUCUGGAUAGAUUUGAGCUCAAAAUGUUAGUUAUUCUACCUUUUCUCAGAGAAUGUCAGUAAUAUUCAUUUAACUGAUAUCUUAAGUAUUAAAAAGUAGGUCAAGGUCAAUAACACAAUGUCAUAGAGGUAAACAGAUUUUUAUCCUUCUUUUAUUCUCAUAGAGUUCUUCAUAAUCUUGAGAGAUUCUAAAAAGAAAUGGUACAUGUAUAAAUUUUGUACCUUCUACCCUUGCAUAGGUUUUGAGGUAGAUGGUAGCUUAGAAUUGGGACUGUUUUACCUACAUUUACACAUUAUUUUGCAAUAUUUAUUUUAUGCUGUGUUAUAUUUGGGACUUUGGGCGCAUCCGCUGGUGUUACUGAUACAUUUGUGUUUGUCUUGUUUAAUUCUUCGUUUCUUUACAUGUAUAAUAAUUAUGAUGACUUAACAUUUUAUAUUUUGAUAUUGUGACUAUGAACCUACCUCUACAAUACUUUUAUCUGUUGAGGUUGUUUAAAUUGGCACUACAUGUGCUUUUAUACCAGAAGUGCUUUAUCUUAAUUGAAAAUUGCAUAAUAUUAAAGUUAUUUUUGUGUAUUAUACAGAAUAAGUAUGUAACAAGAAAUCGACUCAAUUUCCUCAAUCUAAUUAGAAUAACUUUAGUGUAAAUACCUUUUUGCUGCUGUUAGAAUUUGCCUAAUGUGAGUAAUUGGAAGUGCAUAUGCCAUCACUGCCUUGUAUUAUUUUUUGACAACUUUUUCUAAUUUAAUAUGACAGUUUUUAAGUUAUUUCUGGUCUAAUUUUAGACAUAAAAAGUUGAUAAGUAUCCCAAAUUUCCAUCAAAAUAAAAAUACUGGAUUUUUUAAGAGACUGACAAUAUUUACUGUUCGGAAUGAAAAUUGGUGAAAAUAUGAUUUUUUUUAUGAUUUCUUUAUAAGAGCAUAGACAAUACAUACUGUAUAGUAUACAAACAGAUAUAUGUUUAAGAAUGUAAAACUUAUAAGUACAUAAGAACUUCAAUUUUUAACUUUUAGGAAAAAUUCACCUUCUAAUAUUGUAUGCCCAAUCAAUAUCUCUUAUGUACUUUUUUUUUGGCCCAGUCUAUUAUCCGAUUGAAUGAGAUUGGUGUUUAUGUAUCAUCAAAGAUUCAAACCAAUUACAGUGAAGUUUAUACAGUCAAAACGUUAAUUAAUUAAACCUAUUCUGAGGUGAGGUAUAUUCAAACUAAUUAUAAGUUUUGUCUAGUGUUUUAUCAUUGUAAGCAUGUUCGAUCUUUCUUAUCAACAGUAACUAAGUGUGUGUGUUAAUGUAUUAUGUAUUUAUUGUGUAUAUGUUUAAUCAGAGACUUAUAUUACAGAUAAAUCUGUGGUUUUAUGAAUGAAAAUCAAUAUAUUAGAAUAAGUUAACUAAAACACUUUGAAGAAAGAUUGUAUGUAUCUCCAGUCUGAGUUGUCUCGAAUAAAAAGCAGCUGCUUAUUGACAUAUAAUAGAAAAUAUCCUCUUUUGCAGACUCUUUAUCUAUUAAAAGAGUGAGCUAUUGUGAUUUAUCAACGUCAGUGUCUGCCUGUAAACCGUUUUAUUUAAUCAUCAUCAAUAUUAUAUGAGCCGCGUCACGACAAAACCAACAUAAGCAUGGAUCCAGACCAGCCUGCACAUCCGCGCAGUCUGAUCAGGAUCCAUGCUGUUUGCUAUCAGAUUCUCUACUUGUAAUAGGGUUGGUAAGCGAACAGCAUGGAUCCUGAUCAGACUGCGGGGAUGCGCAGGCUGGUCUGGAUCCAUGCUGAUCCCAAACCCAUUAUGUUGGUUUUGACGUGACGCGGCUCAUAUAUAGAUUAUAAUAAACACUCUUCAAACAUCUUCUUGUCAUAAACAUUGUACCUGUGUCAAAACAUUUUGAUCAAAUUGUUCUAUAUUUUAAAUAAUUUAUCCUUAGUGUACGAGUUGCUGUAUAAAUGUAUACAUUAACAUCUUGCCAUCUUCCUACAUGUGAUAAGUUUUUAACAAGUUGAUUCUUAUCUGUCAUUCUAUUCUGUUCAAAUAGCUUUGAUUUAUGUUCAAAUAUCUUAUAUAGACUUCAGAAUUCUGUUCUUGAACAUGUUGCUCCUCCAGCUUUGAUAAACUUUCAUAAAAAUAAUAGUCCCAUUAGUCUGAUAGGUAGAAUAUAUUGCCUCAAGCAGGCUUAUAAUUAAUUAAUAUACUCAUAUAUAGCAACAUACAAUGUAUUAAUAUAAAAGUUCACCAUCUCUUAACUUGCUGAAUGUCUAAAUAAACUUUUUCAUCUUAAAUUUUUGGAACUUUUCUUUAACAAAUUCUGGCAAUAUCAGGAUGAAGGUUUUAAGUCGGUCAGCCAACAGUGUGAGUCCCAGUCAGACUGCAUGGAUGUGCAGGCUGGCCUGAUCUAAUAUUGCUGAUAAGGCCAAUCACUUUAAUUCCUCGCCUCAGGUGAUCAUUAUUAUAAUGAUGAUGACACUAUUAACUUAUACAUUAAAAGGGCAAUUAACAUUGGUUGUGAUGUAAUCUUUAUAUAUUCUAUAAUGAAAUUUAUCUUUAUAUUAACAACUGUAUAUUUCCUAUUAAAAUGCCUUUUUAUGUUCUUGUGUAUAGAAGUGUAAUGUUUCACUUUUAUGUAGUUUUAAUAAGUUAUCUUUGAGUUCAUUUUACCAAAUUAUUUGCUUCAUAUAUAGGUAUUAAAAAAAUGAACCAAAAGAACAUGUCAAUCACUGAUAUGAGUUUAAAUUGUAUAAUAAGGAAGUUUUGUUGUGGAAAUAUAUUUAUAUUAUGUAUUUGUUAUCAUGAAGAUAUUUAUUUAUCACUGAAUCAUUAGAGGAAUGUACUAUUGCAUACACAAUCUGCAUCAA